ACCUGUCCCGCGGUGCACAGCCCGCACACCCCAGCCAGGUUCUGGUGCCGGUCCCGGUGCCCUCCGCACCCCGCAGAGCCGUGCCCGUCUGCCUACACGGGCGCAUAGGUUCGCGUAUACCUGCGCGUGCGGCGCAGCCCGGGCGGCAGGCUCCCGGCGCUCGCUGCUCCCUCCCUCCGUUCCCUCGCUCCCUCCCCGCCGCCGGGCAGAUGGGAAGAAGGUGCGAGGUGAGGGGGAGCGGGUUUACAAUUUCAAACGCGGCCUCCCCGCGGAGGGCUUCAUUAGCAUAUGUCAGGGGGACCGCCGUAUAUAUAUAUACACGCGGGGCGUAUAAACACCACCCGCCGCUCUGCCUUGCACUGGCUCGGCUCCCCAUGCUUGGGGCCCGGCCGCGAAGCCCCACAUGCCCGCUGGGAGAGGCCGGCAGCCGUCCGCCGCCGCCUCGUCCUAGUCCGCUCGCUCCGUGCCCCCAUGGCUCCGCUGGCCGAAGUGGGGGCCCUCCUGGGCGGCCUGGACGGUCUGGGGCAGCCGGUGGGCGCCCACUUCCUACUGCCGCCCGCCGGGGAGCGCCCGGCGCUGCUGGGGGAGCAGCGGGGUCCCGCGGAGCGGGCGGCGGCGGCGGCGGAGUUGGCUCACUUGCAGGGCAUCCUGCGGCGGCGGCAGCUCUACUGCCGCACCGGCUUCCACCUGCAGAUCCUGCCCGACGGCAGCGUGCGCGGCACCCGCCAGGACCACAGCCUGUUCGGUAUCCUUGAAUUCAUCAGUGUAGCAGUGGGACUGGUCAGCAUAAGAGGUGUAGACAGUGGCCUUUACCUUGGAAUGAAUGAGAAGGGAGAACUCUAUGGCUCUGAGAAACUAACUUCUGAGUGCAUCUUCAGGGAACAGUUUGAGGAAAACUGGUACAACACUUACUCCUCCAAUGUGUACAAACACGGAGAUUCUGGGCGGCGAUACUUUGUAGCACUUAACAAAGAUGGUACUCCCAGAGAUGGAGCAAGGUCCAAAAGACACCAGAAGUUCACACAUUUCCUGCCCAGACCUGUGGAUCCUGAAAGAGUUCCAGAACUGUAUAAAGAUGUGCUAGGAUACAGCUGAGGGGAGAGGGACAUUUGGAAAGAAAAUCAAACCAGUGAUAUUUCAUCUUACCUAUUUUCACAUGACAAUACUGGCACAAGAGAUUUGGAGAAGCUACUCUGUGAUAGACAGACCCCUAUUUUCCAAAGUUUGCAUUUAGGAGACAAAGCCUUAAAACUGACUGCUGACCAGCCUCCUUCAAACUUGCUGAACUGUGUGGCAACCAGUAACAAGAGGGAAGUUGGAGUGUGACUUUCUUAAAAGUUACAAACUCUUGGUGAUUUUGUCUGGACUACUUAUGGCCCAUAAAUUAUCAAAAAAACCUACUUACAUCGUGUGGAUCCAACAAUGACUGGAAGAAAUAAAGAUAUAUAAACUGUAAUACAGUUAAAAACAAAACAAAACACCAAUAAUCUUGAACUGCAUAUGAAGUUUUGGUGGCUUCACUUCAGUGAUGGACUUUAGAUGUCAGUGCAUCAUAAUCAGAGCUGGAACUUUUCUUCUGGAUGGACCUAUUUAUACAACUUCAGAUAGCAUAUAUUUAUUUUAUAUAUUUAUUUAUUACAGAGUUUAUUUUUUACUGGGAUAUGAAGAGAAUACAAGCCCCUAACCCCAAUGAGAAAUCAUUUACAGUGCCAAUACUUUCACAGUAGUGUCAUGAUACAGAAACGGCACUACACUGCAUCUCAAACCUGAAUAUUCAGAUUUCAUUGUCUAUUAGUUACAGAUAAGGCUAUAUUUUGUGCUCAUACCAUUGCUUUAUGACAAACCUUGUUUUGGAAAGAGUAUUCAGUUUGUUGGUUUUUUGUUGUUUUUUUUUUUUGACCUAUGAAAGUGCCUCGCAGAUCUGUACUGAAUUCAAAUGCACAUUCGAAAAAGAGAAUUAAAAAUGAUUUCACUUUA